AUGCUAAAAUUCAUUAUCGUAUCAUUAUUAUAUUAUCAACAUAUUUAUUUCGUGUUUUCACAUACGCCGGGCACUGUAACGCUUGAUAAAUUUACUUUCGAUAAGAUAAUUGAAACUUUUGAUGUUGUACUGGUGAAAUUUGACGAAAGAACUGCACGCGGUGAAAAACAAGAUCAGUUUAGAAAAUUUGCAAAGAAUGUUGCUAGUGUAAAAAAUUUACUUUUGGCAGAGAUACCACUAGCUGCUAAGCAUGACAUAGGCAGAAGACCAAGAGGACCACGAUCACCUCCAAUAGAUCAUGAGGCUAUAGAGAACAUUGCCUUAGCGAAACGUUUUAAUGUUCAAUCCGCCAAUUAUCCAGUGUACAAACUGUUUUUAAAAGGCACAGAGAAACCAUUGGAUUAUAACGAUGCUAAAACAGCAACGGCAUUAAAACGAUUUCUUAAACAACAUACGAAUCUCUGGUUUGGCUUACCAGGCACAUUGAAACAAAUGGAUUCAUUGGCACGUCAAUAUUUUGAUCUAUUUUCAAUGAAGAAUGGAUCCAAUGACGAAGACAAACAGAUACUGUUAGAAAAGGCUCGUGAAGAAGUCAAAUCAAUGGAACAUUUAACAGACAAAAAGAAUGGUGAAAGUUACAUUAAAAUUAUGGAGCAAAUUUUAAAGCAAGGGACAGAUUUUCUGAAACGUGAAGAACGACGUAUUCAAAAUUUAUUGAAAGGAAAAAUCACAACCGAGAAGAAAGAAGAACUGAAUAAUCGUCAAAAUAUUCUAUUGUCAUUUAUAUCUGUGAAAGAAAAUGUUUCUGCUGAGACAUUAUCAGACAUGGGAAAACAAGUAAAAGAUGUGAUUAAAGAUGCUACUGAAACUAUUCAAGACAAAGUUGUAGAUAUGGCCGAAGGUCUACAAGAAUCGAUAAAAAAUAAAGUAAACCCAGAACUUUAA